AUGGCGCAUGGCAGAGACACUUGCGUCAAGGAAGUGGAGGGGGUCGGAGAUCAGGAGGCGAAGAUGGAGGAGCGGUUCGAGGCGUCUGAGGACGACGGUGUGCUCUUCGUUGAAGGCGAUGAGGAAGACGAACCAGGUUUGGAUGCAGAACCAACACCAACAACGAAUUCUUUGGAGGUCCAGAAGCCUCAGCCAGCCGCUGUCGCGUUCUCUCGCGUCAAGGCUGAAGAGGAGGCGCCCGCGAGAGGCGGUUUCUCCUCCGACUCGAGUGAGGAAGAAGAGGAAGAAGACGAGGAAGAAGACGAAGGGGAGGAAGAAGGCACCGAGGAGGAGGAGAGCGACGAAGACGACCCCGUCGUGAGAGAAAUCGACGUGUAUCUCCGUCGCCUUGAUUCCUCCAGUGCGGCUUCAGUCUACGUUCUUCAGUAUCCCCUGAGGCCUCUGUACCGCCCGUACGGCGACCACGGCCAGCUCCUGGAGGUUGCGUAUCGAGAGAGACAACGGACGCUGCAGUUUGCCUACGCGCUGCACACCGGCGGCGACAACUUCGAUCCGAGUCACCCGAUGAACGUGGAGGCAGAGCGAGGGUCGCAGGCGUCUUCUUCUUUUGCGGAAGCGAGCGCGUUUGCCGAGGCGUCUUCGAAGAGCAGGGCAGGAGGAGACGAUCGCGCAGCAGCUGAAGCGCGGCGACCGAGGCAUGUCCUGAAGAGUCAACGGGCGCUGGCGGGAGACUGCAGCUACGCCGUUGGGAUUCUGAAGAAAGACAAGAUCUACAUCACGCCUGUCGACCAUGUGCUACAGUUUCGUCCCGACUUUUCGCAAGUCGACCAACUGCAGCAGAAGGCGAGCAGCUGCCCUGCAGGCCGGAGGCUCUCCGCCUCAGGAGAUCCGCGAGCAAGCGGCCCUGGAGUCCGGCGCCGAAACGAAGAAGAAAAAGACGAGAAGAGCGAAGCUCCCUCAGGCGCAGCCGAGCCGCCCCAGGGCGAGUCUGCCGCAGGAGGACGAGACCCCCAGAGGCCCGGAGUCCCCCAAAGGUCCGGCGAGCGACCUGCGACGGUGGUCGCCAGCUCUCCAGGAGAAGGCCGCGGCAAAAUUUCACACAGCCGACAAAGGGACAUCGAAGAAAGUGAACACUGGAUCCCUCUUGAGACGUUUUACGACGCAGAGACUCCAGAGGCUCUUGACAUUAUUCGGACUCUGUGCAGCACACCCGUGGCGUCUGACGACGAAGACGACAAGACAGAGAAAGACCUCCUGGCGGAACCGUCGGCGCCGGCCAGCGCGUCGCCGUCCUCGAGUCAAGACAUCUUGUUUGUCUCCAACACGCGCAGCUACCUGCGUGCUCUCUGUGGUCACGCGUCGGAGAAAAACAACGGCGGCGGAAGUGCCUCGCAAAAUCCUGCGCAUGCUACGGGGCCUCUGGGAUACGGCGCGCUUGCCAAGCUCUCUCCAGACCAGCAGGUGUUUACGAUUUUGCGGCACCGCCACGUUGAGAGUUUCGCGACGAUUCAGCGUCUGGUGACGGUGCCGAUAGCGGAGAGUGAGUUGCUGCGUCUCCUGCUGCAGUACGCGGUCUUGGUCUUGGGCAACUGGGCCAUAAAGUCCAUGUACGUGUACGACGACAUGUACGAAAUCAGCUGUCGAGAUCUCCUCCUCGCACUCCUCAUUCGCAGCGGCGCAGCCUUCGUUCCACCUUCUCAAGGCGGCGCCGGUUCAGACGCUUGCACCCCCCCGGCGUCUGCUGGACUCCCCAAAGAAGCCUUUCGGAGCGCCACUCGACUCUCCCUCGACCGCGUGUCGCACAUGCUACAAGAGGUGGCGGUGUGUUCGUCCUCGGCAUGGCGCCUGAAGCUUCCGCCAGACGCUGCGUUCCUGGCAGCUCAUCCUGCAAUUCAGAGACAUUUUGACCAGUGGUGGAAGCAGAGGCUGCAGCAGGUCGUGAAGGAAGUACAUCAGAGACGCGACGCCCGCGCGAACCCGCAGGGCCCCUUGACUGGAGGCGAAGAAGGCAAGACGAAGGACGCUUCGGUUGCAGUGUCUCCGGCUCUUCUGCAGCUCGCUGGGCGUCUCUGUUCCUCUGCAUUGAAGACACAGGGUGCUCUCACUUUCCAGCAGUUGCGGGAGACUUUGAACAGCAAAAAUAAUGAUUUCCUCGCCGUUGCAGAUCGCGACCUCGAGCGCGUUCUUCAGACUGUCGCAAUUCAAGUGGGAACGGUCUGGCUCGCGCCCAAGGUGGGCAAUGCCCAGAUGGACUUGUAUCGCGACUGCUUGAUUGAGGUUUUGAAGAAGCAGACGCAGCCGCAGUCGAAGGCAGCGAUUGUCCAGGAAAUGAGUCAGGCCCUCAAUCGACGCAUCGACCUUCCAGACUUCACGCUGCGAAAGCUUCUGCGCGAGCUCGCUGUGAAUGAGUCCGGCUUUUGGUCCUUCAAGGGCCGAGUGCCCGAAUCAGGCGACGGCGACGUUCCUCUCCCACCCGUUUUCUAACUUCCGGACUGAGGCCUUCUGGGCAUGCGUUGCCUUGCGCGUCGGUUGUACUUGAGCUCUCUCUGAGCCACCGCUUUACUCGUGGCGUCCUCUGCUCUUCUCGCGUCCGCAGCAGAUUCCUACCGCCUGCCUUGCCGUUUGGCGGC